GUGGUUUGUGUGUGUUACCCGGCGUUUAUUUUUUAUCUUUUAUAUUUAUGUGUCGUCCAGAAGUACUUUUUGGUGAUUUCUUUAUCUUCAGUCGAGGCUGGAACUUAAAGGUGGUUACUGGCAGGCGAGUUUAAGAGAACCUUCCAGUGGCAGAAGAUCGAUAGCAAGCUCUCGUCUUCGUGCCCGGAGAAGUUGUUCAACAUUUGAGGGAUUUUCUUUCAGAAUGGCCGCUGAACUACAAUGUUAUCUCGAGCGAUACAAGAAGGUUUGUGAAGAAUCAUCUUUGGGACACAAUGGAAUUUGUCACGAUAACAAAUUAAAAGAACAAAUCAGACAGUGGUUAAUAAAAAGUGGCGCACAUUUGGCUUCCUUACUGUGGGUUGAUGUGCAUGAAAUAAUUGCCAAAUCCUUGCAAAGGUCACAUAAUAACCCAAAUAUUUUCAAGAAGCUGAUUGGGGCUUUUGAAUUAUUGGAAAUGGCUGCUGCCAACCUCUUUCAGUACCCAUGGAGAAAUGAAUUCAAAACAAUAAAGACUUUUUCAGGAGCCUAUGUGUACCACCUAAAACCUACAAUCUGUAAUGAAGACCUUGAAAGAAUUUUUAAGAGAAUGGGCUAUCGGGUAAAGGAUAAUCUUGAACUUGAAGUGGGGGAUCUUCCACAUGCUUCACAAUUGAUAAGUCUAGCGUUUAACUUCUUUGUUGCAAGGACUGAAUGUGAAAUCUUGUUAGAAGUCAUUGGAAAACUUGGCUACUGUAAGGUUUCAGUAGAAGAACUGCUUUUACAAAGAAAAUUGAUGACCAAUAUUGACGCCUGUGUUGAAAGGCUAAACCGGACCUGUUCUACUUCUGAGACCCAGAGAGGAAAGCAACUUCAAAGAACACUUGCAUCUGUCUCUAAUGCAGAAGAUAUCUAUAUGGAUUCAGGGUCUAAUCCUAGUGCAAAUCAUCAAACCGAUUCUCCUUCUCAGCAGGAAUACAAUAGAAGCACAAUCCCCUUGGCAAUGCAUGUAGAGUACAGGCCUUAUAGUAGUGACCAGUAUAAGGAUGAAACUUGCAACAAGCACAUUACUAGAAUCUCUGGUAAUGAGCACAUUCCUCCUUCGAAUAUUGAAGACAAUAAAUUUGAGGAAUCUCAAGACCUACAUAAAACCACAGCUGAGUUUAAAUCUGUUGGUGAGCCCGAUACAGCUGGAGAUGUUUUGGAUCUGAAAAAAUACUUAAAGCAUAAUUGUCUUGACAGUGGUGAAUCAGUUCGCUACUGUUGUGAUACAUGUUGCACAGCUCACACCAUUUCCUGUAACAGUAUGAAAACCUGCAUGGAUCAUGUCCUCAGAUUUUUUGAAGCUGCAGACUCUGUUUGUCUCCAACAGGCUGAAGGUGCUUGCAGUAACUUGGCGCAGUCAUCAAAUGCAGGCAUACUAAAAGUAGAUCCUGCCUGUGUAGUGUGUAAGGCAUUAGCCACAUACAUUUGUUGUGAAUGUGGCAUGUGUAAGUGUACAUACUGUGGUUACCAAUCUAUACUAGUAUGUCAGAAAUGUGACAAGAUGCUUGAGAAGUUAAGAUCCUGAUUGUGUUCG